UGCUGCGUUCUCUUUAUUAACCGUCGUCUGUCUGUUCAAAAUGUCGUCCUCCUGCAUAUGACAAUAACUCUCGUGUUUUUGAAGUGAACUGAAGGGAUUUGAUAACCGCAGUGAGGAUGUGUCGAGCAGCGGACGACAGCGGGACGGGAGGUGCGCAGAAGCCGGGCGUCAGUGAGCGGGAGGCGGGUUACAAGAGUCCGGGGCUCCGGGGAGUUAAAACCACCUCACUGUUCCGUGCUGUCAACCCGGAGCUCUUCAUCAGACCUAAUAAGCCGGUGAUGUUUUUCGGGCUGGUGACCAUCAGUCUGUGUGUUGGGUAUCUGGGCUAUCUUCACGCCAUCAGAGACAGAGACCAGCAGCUCUAUGAGGCCAUAGACAGUGAUGGACAGACUUACAUGAGGAAAAAAACCUCCAGAUGGGACUGAUGGAGACUAAACCACUACUGACACUCACCUCCACUCUCCUAGUAUAUCAAACUACGUUAUGCAAUGCUGCUUAUUCUCAUUAUUAGACUCAAAGAAUAAAUGAAUCCUGUCUGACUGUUUACAAUGACAUUUGUUGCUGAAAGUUUUUGUGCGCUGUAACAUUCAUGUUAUGUGUAACUAAAUCAACAAACACAGAAUGAAGAAGAAAUGUCAUGGUAUUUAUAUGGCCUUUCGUAUAUCAGAGUCUAAAUUGUCUUUAAUAUAUAUGUUGCUGUAUUUAUAGCCGCUUUCGGUGCAUUCUUGAGUCCUUAACAUCACAAAACAAGUGCAUUGCUCAGAACUGUUUGUACAAACAGCACCGCGCCAUGGAUUACCUGCAAAAGCCUGUCACUUGUUCAAAAUCUUAAGUAUAUCUUUCAGAAGUAAAUGUUUAUGGCAACAUCAGCACCAGAAUGAGAAGUCCUCAUGUCACUGAACAACAAGACAGAUGACAGUUAUAAGUGUCAGUAUUUCCCAAUGUAAUCUAUGAUAACCGUUUUGAUGACUGACUAAAAAUGAAUGCUAUGCAUUUGAUCGGUAUGACACAAAGUUAUGUGACAUUAACAGAAAUUCAGAAAAAUGUACAUGAUUCUCAGUCACAAUGUCAAGGCAUAUAGAAACAACAAGAUUAUUUUACAGCACAAAAAGGAAAAGAAAUUCACAAGAAAUGUCAGAACAGAAUGAUUUUUUUGGUUCAACCUUUUU